AGAUACAAUGAACAUGUAGAUCAGAUCAGUUAGUUCACUUCACUUUGUUCAAACAAAGACAAAUAUUUCCCCUUCAUCCUCACCCUUCUUUUCCUUCUUACCCUCUUUUCUCUGUUCUCCUUUUAUCAUUCUUUAUAUAUUAGUAAUCUUUAUUCUGUAAAUCAAUGAGUAAUAAUAAAAUUAAAUAAAAAGGGCUGUUUUUUCCUUGAGUUUAGAGGUGCAAAAUCAAGAAUGAAUCUCCCCCAGAAUUCACAAGAUAGCCCAGGGAGUAUGGGCGAGGCAGGGGGAUAUUGGGAUGGCUUUGUUAAUGGUGAUGAUUCGUUUCAUAACGUUAUUAAUAUGCUGGACUUCCCUUUGGAAAGUGUGGAAGAGGAUAAGUGUGUCGCUGAGGAGAAUUGGGAUGCUCAGUUUCCAAGCCUAGGACCAUUCUCAUCAGAAAUUGUGCAGGAAUUUACCCCAGUUUUCAGAUCUGAUUUCACUGAAGACGUGCCUUAUAGCUUUAUUGAGAAUGAUGCAGCCUCUGAUAGAAAACUGCUACCAGUUACUGAGUUCUCCAGCACAAAUUUUUCUCUUGAUUCUUUUCAUCCCAGAAACCUAAGCUUGUUACAAACUCCAAGCCAGAACUCGGUACUUGAAAGUAGCAGCUCCUGCUCAGCUGGUAAAAACUUGUCAACUAGCUGUGAACUCCUUGUCCCAGUCAGAGCUCGGACUAAGAUUCCGCGGAGCUUGACCUUCACUAGAUGGCAUUUGCUCUCUCCGUUAACUCCACCUAGAAAGAUAUUGCACUCAGAAGGCAAAGAGAAGAAGAAUAUGCAACCAUCACAGCAUUCAAAUGAAUUCGACAUGAAGGAAGACUCUUAUCCUCAGCAUAUGCCAUAUAAAAGAUGUACUCAUUGUCAAGCUGAAAAAACACCGCAAUGGAGAGCAGGACCCAUGGGGCCUAAUACUCUUUGCAAUGCAUGUGGAGUUUGUUAUCGUAAACGGAAACACCUUCCGACAUAUCGUCUGAUUUCAAGUCAUAGUCUAAACACAGAGAAGUGUUCAUUCACUCGAGGAAAAGAGAAGAAAAUAAAUUUGUCUAGUGAGAUUAAGGAAGAUUUAACAAAUCAGCUUCCAGAAGACUGCGAAAUUGCAGAAGAUUUAACUUAUCAGCUUCCAUGCAAACGAUGUACUCUGUGUAAUGUUACAAAAACACCCCAGCAGAGGGAAGGCCCAGUGUGCAAUGCACGUGGAGUUCGUUCUCAGUCGGGCCGCCUCUUACGGGAGAGUCUUCCGAGUCCUGACCCUGAGGAAAUAAACACUAAAAAGAGAGAGAAGAAAAAGGAACUGUCCGGAGUUCCAAAUGACUCCGGGGCCAUGGGGUUUGCAACUCAUCAGCCUAUGCAAGUCAGAAGAUGUACUCAUUGCCAAGUCUCAAAAACACCACAAUGGAGGGAAGGACCAAAUGGGCCGAGAACCCUUUGCAAUGCAUGUGGGGUUCGCUACCGGUCUGGUCGGCUUGUUCCUGAAUAUCGUCCAGCAGCCAGUCCUACUUUCACUCCAUAUUUGCACUCAAACAAGCACAGGAAGGUCAUAGAAAUGAGGAAAAAAGCUAGUUCUGAAUUUAGUGUCUGAGAUGGAUCCUACAAUGUCCCGACAGGUAGAGUUUGUUAUCUUGAGCAGUAUGUAUUUGAUAGCGUAUGAAGCAGGCAUUAAUGGUUCUAGUUAGGCUGGAUGCUUUUGAUAGAUUUAGACCGCGGAGGAUUCCAAAAUGCAUCUGUGCAUUCACUAGUGAGUUGAUCUGGGAUAUAGAAUGUACCAAUAGCAAUAGAAAUACAGAAUGCUAAGAGACCUUUUAAGUCAUUAGAAGUGUUUAUUUUGUUUGUCUUGUAUGGAUCCUGGAGAUGCUUGUUCAGGUACUUCUCAACUUUUUGAAUAAUCCGUUACAAUACAGUUUUUUAUUUUCUUUAU